UCCGCCGCGCUCUGGGUCCUGGCUUCGCGGCUCCAAGAGGCCCCGGGUUCUUCCGCCACGGCUUCUGUAGCCCUGUCAUCUGCCUUGUGACCUGCACUCGUCACGACAGCCAUAGAGAGGACUUCGGGAUUCUUGGAGGCCGGGAAAUGGACUCAGUGACCUUUGAGGAUGUGGCUGUGAACUUCACCCUGGAGGAGUGGGUUUUGCUGGAUCCUUUCCAGAAGAAUCUCUACAGAGAUGUGAUGCAGGAAACCUUGAGGAACCUGGCAGCUAUAGGGAAAAAUUGGAAAGACAAGAAUGUUGAAGAUCAGUGUAAAAAUCCCAGGAGAAAACUAAGAAGUCUUAUUGAGGAGAGAGUCUGUGAAAGUAAAGAAGGUAGUCAAUGCGGAGAAACUUUCAACCAGGUUCCAGAUGAUGUGGUGAACAAGAAAACUCCAUCUAGAGUAAAACCAUGUGAAAGUAGUGUGUUUGGAAAACUCUCCAUUGAUCAUUCUUCUUUUAAUAGGCUCAUUGGGGCUGAUACUGCACACAAACCAUCUGAGUAUAAGGAAUAUAGACAAAAGCCAUAUACACAUAAGCAGCAUGAGAAAGCCUUCAGUUAUCGGCAAUCCUUUGGAACGCAUGAAAGGUCUCCCCCUGGAAAGAAACCCUGUGAGUGUAAGGAAUGUGGAAAAACCUUCAAUUCUCUCACAGGCUUUCGAAAUCACAUGGUAAUGCACAGUGGAGAUGGACCUCAUAAAUGUAUGCUUUGUGGAAGAGCGUUUGCUUUUCUCAGUUUAUAUCGUAAACAUGAAAGAAUUCACACUGGAGAGAAACCAUAUAAAUGUAAACAAUGUGGUAAAGCUUUCCGUACCCCUGGUUCUGUACGAGUUCAUGAAAUAACUCACACAGGAGAGAAGCCAUAUGAAUGUAAGGAGUGUGGGAAAGCAUUCAUUCAUUUCAGUUCCUUUAAUAUACACAAAAGGACGCACACUGGAGAAAAACCUUAUGAAUGUGAGCAAUGUGGGAAAGCAUUUGCUCAGCGGAGGAGCAUUCAGUGGCACAUGAGAAUGCACACUGGAGACAGACCUCAUGAAUGUAAGAUAUGUGGAAAAGCCUUUUAUUCUCCCAAGUCAUUUCAAACACAUGAAAGAAGUCACAAUGGAAAGAAACCCUGUGAAUGUAAGCAAUGUGGCAAAGCCUUCAGUUCUUCCACUUCUUUGCAAUAUCAUGAAAGAAUCCACACUGGAGAGAAACCCUAUGAAUGUAAAUUCUGUGGUAAGGCUUUCAGGUCUGCCAAGAAUGUUCAACUACAUGAAAGGACACACACUGGAGAGAAGCCAUAUGAAUGUAAGGAAUGUGGGAAGGCAUUUAAUUUUCCCAGUUCCCUUCAUAUUCAUGAAAGGACUCACACUGGACAAAAACCCUAUGAAUGUAAGCAGUGUGGAAAAGCAUUUCAUUGUGUCCCUUCCUUUCGUAAACAUGAAAGGACUCACACUGGAGAGAAACCCUAUGAAUGUAAACAAUGUGGUAAAGCCUUUAGUUGUUCCACUUCCAUUAAAUAUCAUGAAAGGACCCACACUGGAGAGAAACCCUAUGAAUGUAAGCAUUGUGGUAAAGCUUUCAGAUCUUCCAAGUGGAUUCGAAUACAUGAAAGGACUCACACUGGAGAGAAACCCUAUGAAUGUAAACAAUGUGGUAAAGCCUUCAGGUCUUCCACUUCCUUUCGAAAUCAUGAAAGGACCCACACUGGAGAGAAACCCUAUGAAUGUAAGCAUUGUGGUAAAGCCUUCAUGUCUGCCAAGUGUGUUCGCAUACAUGAAAGGAUCCAUACUGGAGAGAAACCCUAUGAAUGUAAGACAUGUGGGAAAGCCUUCAUUCGUUCCAGUAUCUGCCGAAGACAUGAAAAGACUCAUGCUGUUAAUGUAUAAGAGAAAUCCUAUCAUUGUAAGGAAUUUGGAAAGCAUUCAGUUUUCCCAGUUUCCUUCAAACACCAAAUAAUAGAAUGGAGAAAGACC